AUGAUGAGAAAACUCAUGGGUGAUAAGAAGCGAGAUGAGGGUUGCAUAUUUGCUAAAACCAUUUUCGUCGUUCCAUUGUUUGAAGUAGAAAAAGGGGAAGAGAUACCACGAGACAAACAGACGUUAGUUCGUUUAGUGGCUGCCAACAGAGCAUUUUAUUUUCACCAAAAAGUUUGUUCGCAUUGUCAGCGCUUUCCUGGGCUCCAGUCAUGGUUACUGCGACCGUCACCGAAUGCUGUAGAACCUAUGCUGAUAGCCCGGCGGGAAUAUCCUUACCAUAGAUGGGAACCUCUUUACUUUGGCACUCAAAGGGAACCGUGGUACAGCGAAACGCUUUCCUGGGAAGGAAGGCAAGAUAAAAUGACACAGAUGCUGGAAUUAUGUCUUCAAGAGUACCGCAUGGUGGUCUUAGAUGGUGGAUUUCUCUGUCAUGCUGCUAUCACAAAGAAUAUAAUCCAUCACGGCAACGCAGAGCGAUUAAACAAUCAAAAGUACUUGAAUAUAAUUGAAAAACUGAAGAAGAAAUAUCCGGACAGGUCACAAUGCAGAGUUAUGUGGGGCUGU